AUGGAAUCAAAAUUACCAACAGAAUGCCUUUUACAAAUCCUUGAAAAUUUUGGCCCAACGUACAAUGAGUGGGAUGAUAGCUUUAAAUCGUUACAUGCUUGUAUCUUGGUCAAUCGCAAGUGGUGUGAAGCCGGACUUACCAUACUUUGGAGAGAGCCGAUUGAAUGGUUACAUUCAAAAGAACACAAUAGAAGUCGACUCGCACCAUUGAUAUCAAUUUAUAUUUCUUGCUUACCUCAAGGUUCGAAAUCUCAAAUCUCGGAUGGUGGGUUAGAAUUAUCCUCUUCAACUUUGAAGUCGGUAUCUAUCGACUAUCCGUCCUUGUUGAAGGGGUUGGAUUAUCAAUCUCUCUAUAAUGGGAUUGGAUUUUGGAUGAACGCGAAUGAUAUCCCGGAAGAUGAAAUAUUCCGAGAGGAAAUGAAAAAUCAAGUGCUGGAAUUUAUCUACGAAAUGUUUAUGGCUCGGUGCAAAAUUCUGAAAAGAUUCAGUAUUUUUAUGAAGGCUGGAUAUAUAUUAAAUGAAUAUUACCUUUUACAACUUCCUUUUGCAUCAGGCGCAGAUCAAAGUUUAUCAAACAUCACGGAAUUUUCAUGUAAAGCUUGCCUUUUCUCACAAUUUAUGUAUCUCGUAGCUCAAAUAUGCAGGAAUAUCAAGAGAUUUAAUAUAGAAUGUUGCUGUACGGAUAAUGGAGGGUUGGCAAAGCUCAUAGAAAUUCAAGAGGUUCCUUUGGAUUGCAUCUUGAUAAACUUGAAAAGUAAGAAUAUUCCUCUUGUCGAAAACGCCAUCAGGAAGAAAUCCCAUUCCGUUACGGAUGUGCGAUUGUUUGGAUAUGAUAUUUUAUUGGAUUAUUUUAAAGAAAGUAAAAAUAUCGAGAGAAUGAGGUUGAAAUUAAUUUCCUCCAUGCAAGGUGAUGGUACGAAUUUGAAGUAUUACAUGAAUUCAUCAUUCCCAAAGCUUAAAGAACUGUUCGUUUCAAUGAUUACGAUAUCACAAUCGAAUGUCUUAAUUAAAAAUACUCAUGGAAGUUUGGAAUCCUUGAAAUUUAUUUCUAAUUAUGGAAAUAUUAUGGAUCUUCCAGUUUUUACUGAGACAUUGAUCAAUAGUUGCAAGAACCUUUACCAAUAUGAUGGUCCACUUCAUAUUGAAGGGAUUGAAACGUUACAAUCAUUCUUUCAAAAAUGUCCAAAGCUCGAAUAUUUGAUUUUACGGAACCUAAAAGAUCAUGAUUUCGAUAUCAGCGAUGCAUUGCAACAAUCCGGACCGUUCGUUCCAAUUAAUUUAACCAGGUUACAAGUUACAAAUUAUACUAUCUCGACCGAAGCCUUGGAGAUCUUUUUGCGAGCGUGUGCUACCAGAUUGUGUAGGGUCUUGGAAUUUAUAUAUAAACCGAAAUCUAAAGACGCCAAACUGACAUUGGAAAAGUUUGCUGAUCAAGGAGUUAUAAAAGCAAAUCUUGAAAAUUGUGAAUAA